CAGAUUUUCUUUUUCCUUUCUGCCGCUAAACUCCCUUCCAUCCUCUUCUUCUUCUUCUUCUUCGCGGGACUUUAGCCAUCUUCCCUCUCCCUUUCACGCUGCUGUCCACCGUCCCGCCGAUCGUCGCCCCAAGCUUCCGCCUCUCGUCUCUUUCUCGCCACCGACGCGAUAACGUCAAGGCCUCUCUAUCUUUCUCACAGCUCUCUGUUGGAAAUUUCCAUGGUGAUUAGAAGGAACGUGAUUCAACAGCGAACCAACCAUCCUCCGGCUUUUGUUUGCUGAUAUUGCAGGAUACCGUGGUAUUGAGUUUCAUUGUGCUAGGAAGCAGUUUUUUACAUCCAUAAUUUGAGCAAGUCAUCAAAAAGGUUUAAGGAAUUUCAGGGGAUGGCAUUUAGAGGGCGAGGGAGAGGACGAGGUGGUGGUGGUGGGAGCUUUCAGUACGCCAAGCAAGAACCUUUCGAGCUUUUCCCAGAGAAUGUAACUCUACCAAGCGUCAGUGAAAUGCCUGAAGAAUUAGCCUUGGCUAUGGGUCAAAUCAACUUUCUGAAAUAUUGGAAGGCCUCUCCUUUUUAUCUAGAGGAAAAUGUCAUGAAAAAGAUGCAAAGAACUGAGAUAGAGAAAUUUUCCGAUAGAUUGAAGAUGAAUAGUACAUUGAAGCGUGAUUCCCUCGCACAAAUUAUACAGCUCACAUCUAGGAACUUUCCUGAAGAAUUGGUUGAAGGUUUCAAAGGGAAGUUGCGGACCAAACGAAAAGUGCAAUGGAACCCUGAGUCAGGGCUGAAAAAAAUGGACUUCCUAGAGAAGCGUGAAGAAUCUCUCAAGGGACAGGAUAAGGAGGAUAAGGAGAAGAAAGAAGGAGAAGAAGGUGAAGACGAAGACGAAGAAGAAGAGGAUGCACAGUCCGAGGAACUUACCGAUGAUGAUUAUUAUCAGAACGAAUAUUUUGACGACGAUGAAGAUGAUUACAACAUGGAAGAAGAAGGUGGAGAUGAACCUGAAUAUUAGUGACUAUGGAAAGUGGUGGUAUCUGGGGAUUGUUUCUCCAACUCAAAUAUUUUAAUUGCUGCACGGCAUUUGAUUGGUCAAUCGGGUUUUAGUUUAUAUCUAGUUGAAUUGAUUUGAUCUAAUUUUUUUUAUUUAAGUUUAAAUAAUAUUUUAGUUCUUCACUUUUCAUUUUUCUUUUUUCUUGUCUAUAUGCAGCAUUUGGCUAAAAUGUUUCUUUUUUGUUCUUUUUUUUUUUUUUUUUUUGAAAAGAACAAUUUGAUAGAUGUGAAGUAGAAAUGCAUUCUGUUUAUUUAUAUACGGAGGAUCAAAUUUCUGCA